AUGCGCCCCUGUACCGCCUCCUCAUGCUGCUGCCAGGCCUGUAAUCUGCCAUGGGCCCCCGUACCGACUCCUCAUGCUGCUGCCAGGCCCGUAAUCUGCCAUGGGCCCCUGUACCGCCUCCUCAUGCUGCUGCCAGGUCCAGAGUGUCUCAUGGGUCCCUGUACGGCCUCCCAUUGCUGCUGUCUCUAUCGCCACACUCUGCCAUGUGCCACUUUCAGGUCUCCUCACACUGCUGGUGGUUUCCAUUUUUGUCAUAGGGUGCUGUAUGGCCUCCCAUUGCUGCUGCCUCCACCGCCACACUGUGGCUCCACACUCUGGUUUUGGCCCCGUGACUGGCCAAAUGAGUGAAGUGUGCGGUGAUUCUAAGAUCGACGGCACUCAUCUGCAUGUCAUACUGCCUGACAGUAUUAUUUCUCUUCCCCAGCAGACUCCAGGGCAUUUAAAUUAAAGGUACAGUGUUCAGCACUAAUAUUA